AUGGAGGCGUGUCCGCUGUACGUGGACUCGGAUUUUCUAAACCGGAUAGCCUCCCUGGAGCGCAAGCAUGCCGUCGCCCACACCAGCAGCGACCCUCAGCAGCAGCAGCAGCAGCAGCAGCAGGUGCUGCCUGUUGUGCAGCACGCAGCGCUAGGCCAGCAGCAGCUGCAGCAGCCGCCAGUGGCGCCUGGCCACCAGCCCCUGCUGCAGCAGCAGCCGGCCCAGGGCAGUGUGCCGGAGCUGCAGGUGCAUGAGCUGGCACCAGCAGAACCGCCUGCUGCGCCAGUUGUGCUGCCAGCACCGCCCAGCGAUGGGCCACUCAAGAGCGGCUGGUCUGACACCCCUGACUCUGCCUGCUUGGCCAUGAUGGAUUGCCUGGAGCAGCAGGCAGCCGACAGGCUGGCAGGAGCAGCAGCAGGCGGUGCCGGCACGGCUGACGGCUCCCCCGUGCCCGCCCGCCAGCUCAGCUUCACCCCCACAGGGCAUGGCGUGAGGGCAGCGGGGGCUGGCGCCGCUCCAGGGUCCACGCCACUCAGCUCCGGUGGGCGGCCAAGCAACCUGCCCACCUCACACUUGGGGCGUUCCGCGCUGCAGCAGGCUGCUGCUGCGGCGGUGGCGGGAUUGCAGCAGGAGGGCCAGCCAGCCCUGGUGCAGGCAGUGGAGCAGGAGCAGCAGGUGUUGGUCCCGGAGCAGCAGCCAGUCGCCCCUGCCCUGCACCAGCAUGCACCGCCAAUGGCACAGCAGCAGCAGCCGCUGGCAAAGCUGGCAGAGUCCGGCCAGAAGCGCUCCCUGGCGGCAUCCAUCGCGCUGGAGCAGCUGGCUGCGCAGCACUCACCUGCUGCUGCUGCCAGGCAGCAGAAGGAGCAGCCGCACGCGGGCUUGCCCCCGACAGAUCAGGGGCAUGCCAGCAAGAGGUUGCGGGUGGGAGGUUCGCAGCCUGCCACGCAAGCGCCGCUCCCCUAUGCGCAGCAGCAGCAACAGCAGCAGCAGCAGCAGCAGAACCCGCAAGCGGUAGCCGCAGCGGGUGGCCAGCCGCCUCUCAGUGCUCCCGCCCCGUCGCAUGCCGCCGGACCGACGGCUGUGGCGAUGGAGGAUGCUGCCGCCACUUUCGAUUACCUGUGCAGCGAUGAUGAGAGUGAGGAUGAGGAGGCGGACCGAAACCUGCCCCUGCUCUCCCAGUACAUGCAGUCAGCGGGCAGGUCGCCGCAGCAGCUGCGCCGACAGCAGGAGGAGCGGCGGCAGCGGGCAGGCAGCAGGAGCCCGGGUGGCGAGGGGCGCUCGCCGCAGGGUGGCGAGGGUGCACCGGCAUCGCGCAGCCCGCUGCUGGGGCAGGUGCAGGAGCAGGGGCAGGCGAGCCCCCUGCUCUCGGCCGACCUCGCCAUGCUAGAGUCCUACCUGUCCACAGACCUGGCGGCCGCCUUCCGCACCAUCACUGGCAUCACCGGCCGCCUGUACGACUGGCAGGCAGAGUGCCUGACGACACCGGGCGUGCUGCACGGCAAAAACCUUAUCUACUGCGCGCCCACCAGCGGCGGCAAGAGCCUGGUGGCGGAGGUGCUGAUGCUGCGCCGCAUCCUGACCACCAACCGCCCCGCCAUGCUGGUCCUGCCCUUUGUGUCCAUCUGCUCCGAGAAGAGCGAGCACCUGAGCAAGGUCCUGGCAGCCAUCAACAAGGAGGUGAAGGAGUUCUACGGCGGCAGCCACAGCCACGCGGCGCUGACCCAGACCACCGGCGUCAUCGUGUGCACCAUCGAGAAGGCCAACAUCAUCAUCAACCGCAUGCUGGAGGACCAGAGCCUGGGCCUGCUGUCGUGCCUGGUGGUGGACGAGCUGCACAUGGUGGGGGAGGAGGAGCGGGGCUACCAGCUGGAGCUCCUGCUCACCAAGCUCAGGUAUGCGGCGGCUGCUGUGGAUGACGAGGACGACAACUACCUGUCGGAGGGCCUGCAGAUCAUCGGCAUGUCUGCCACGCUCCCAAAUGUGGACAGGGUGGCCAAGUGGCUGAAUGCGCAGCUGUUUGUCACAGACUUCCGCCCGGGUCUGAGCAUCAAGAACGAGGCGCUGGAGGUGGUGCGCACGCUGGAGGUGCCGCAGGGCUGGGACACCAGCAAGACAGGGGACAGCGACCACGUGGCACUGCUGGCGCGGGAGACGGUGGAGGGCGGGCACAGCGUGCUCAUCUUCUGCGGCACCAAGAAGGCGUGCGAGAGCAUGGCCAGGCGGGCGGCCAGGAUGCUGGACAUUCCGGAGCGCGAGCUGCGGCUCAAGGGCUGGACCGCCAGCCAGCGCCCCACCCGCGCCUCCCUGCUGGGAGACCUGCGCCGCGUGCCCGGCGGCGCCGACCCGGCCCUGCUCGAGUGCUUCCCACGUGGCGCCGCUUUCCACCACGCAGGCCUGAGCAGCGAGGAGAAGGACAUUGUGGAGACAGCCUACCGGUGCGGCGCGGUCAGCGUGCUGUGCGCCACCUCCACGCUGGCGGCAGGGGUCAACCUGCCCGCCAGGAGGGUCAUCAUCCGCCACGCCUACAAGGGCCGCUCCGCCAACGUCAUCGACGGCACCUGCUACCGGCAGAUGGCGGGGCGGGCGGGGCGGGCGGGCAUCGACACCCACGGCGAGUGCGUGUUGAUCAACCAGGAGAUUGGGGUGGUGGUGGGAGAGAAGCUCUUCACCUCGGGAGCCUCGCCCGUGCAGAGCUGCCUGGUGGAUGGCAAGAAGGGCAUGAAGCGCGCGAUGCUGGAGGUGGUGGUUAGCGGGGUGGUUGUGGAGCCGUCUGAUGUGGAGCGAUACAUCCGCUGCACGCUGCUGGCUGCCAUGAACGACUAUCAGAAAGUGGCAGACACCACGAUUGCGGCGCUGCGCUGGCUGGGCGCGCGGGACCACACAUUCAUCUACUGGGACGACGCCUCGCGCACCUACCAGCCCACGCCCUUUGGCAAGGCGGUGCUGGCCAGCGGGCUGCCGCCGGAGCAGUGCCUGGUGCUCAAGGACGACCUGGCCCGCGCCCGGCAGUCGUUCGUCAUGACUACUGAGCUGCACCUCACCUACCUGUGCGUGCCCGUCACCGAGAGCCUGGCCUUCUUGGACUGGAAGAAGUUUGAGGUCAUGCUGGGCACGCUGUCGGGCCCUGACGCCUCUGUGGCCACCAAGGUGGGGGUGGACCGUGCCUUUGUGAUGCGGGUGGCGCGCGGCAUGCGGGGCGGCGCCCAGGACGGCGACAAGGAGCGCAUCUGCAAGCGCUUCUGGAUGGCGCUGAUCCUCACAGACAUCAUUGCAGAGGCGAGCAAGGGAGGCUGCCUCUCCUGUGCUGUCGUCGACGUCCUGACGGUCCAGAAGAAGUAUGCUGUGGGGCGGGGCGAGGUGCAGAACCUGCAGGACCAUGCCGCGCGCUUUGCCUCCAUGGUGGCCGCCUUCUGCGAGCGCCUGGGCUGGUACGAUCUGGAGGCGCUGAUAGUCAAGUUCCAGAGCCGCGUGCUGCACGGCGUGCGCCCCGAGAUACUGGCGCUCUCCGAGAUACCCUUCGUCAAGGCCUACACCGCCCGCCUGCUGUACCGUGCAGGCCUCAGGACACCCGAGGCUGUGGCGGCUGUGGAGAAUGUGGACCAGAUUGUUUCCAUCCUGGCCAAUCAGCAGAGCAGCAACCCGGAUAGCGGCAACCCGCUCCUGGUGCGGCGCCAGGCGCUCAAGAUACUGCGAGGCGCCCGCGAGCUGCUCAACCGGCGGGCCAGGGAGCUGCGGGAGCAGGCGGAGGCUGCCUUCAAGCUGGUUGAAUCGGCAGACAGGACGGAGCUCGCGCACGGCGAAGCAGAAGGAACAGCAGCAGCAGCAGGCGCAGACGACAAGGAGGAGGGGGAGGAAGAGGAGCAGCGUGAGGCCCGGGAUGGUGUGGAGGCGCCCACGCCCGUCGUGGCAGCACGGGGGGAAGAGGGAGGGAAGCAGGCCGGCGGUGCUGCAGCUGGAGCAGGCCAGGCAGCUGGGACGAAAGGGCGUGGCGGUGGGCCCACCUCUGGGCGCUCAGCAAGGUCUGGCCAGUCUGCUGGCAGUGGCGGCGCCGUGUCGGCGGCCACGGCUGCAGCGGCAGCACCAGAUGCGGGCAGCGAUGGCGAUGGUGAGGAGCUUCUGGAGGCGGCCCCCGAGCCUGUGCUGCCCCCAGACCCUUGGCAGUACGGCGCCCAGGCUGGCGUGCACUGCCUGGAUACUCCAGAUCUGGUGCGCCAGCUGUGCAGCGUCGUGCUGGCGCAGGUGCCUGGACCCCAGCAGCUGCAAGGCCUGCACCAACAACACCAGGGCCAGCAGCAGCAGCAGCAGCAGCGGCAUGAAUUCUUUGGGUUCCAUUUCGACACGGUGGUCGUCGGCAGCGCAGCGGGGGCGGCAGCGCUGCUUCCCAAAGGGCCCACCGCGGCGCAGCGCCGCGACCACGCCUUGCACGACCGGCAGUCUGCGGGGUUGGGGGUGCGCCUGGAGGGCGUGGCCGUCAGCUGGCGCAGCGGCCAGGCCUUCUACGUGCCGCUGCACCGCCGCGACGACCUGCUGGCUGAGCUGCGGCCGCUCUUUUGGUCGGCGGCAGUGGAGAAGGCAACAUGGGACCUGCGCGGGCAGCUGGCGGCGCUAGCCAAGGUGCUGGGCCCCGGGGCGCUGGGCGUGCCGGGCGAUCAAGCGGCGGGCUGCCCGCUGGCGCUGCGCGACCCUUUGGUGGAUGUGCGGGUGGCUGCCUGGCUUGGCACGCCCGACGACGGGCGGCUCAAAGACGAGAGCAGCCACAGCGUGGGCAGCGGGCGCAAAGAGCCUUACACGCUCAGCGACAUGCUCAAGAUUCGUGGCGGGCAGGCGGUGUGGGCUGAGGCCACCCAAGGCAUGCAGGCCAGCACGGCAGCUUCGGGCGCACGGCGUGCCGAUGCUGGGCGGCGCGCUGCUCAGGCCCGCAAGAUGUGGCAGCUGCUGCGUAGCCGCCUGCGGGGCGACGAGCUGCUGCCUCCGCUGUGGCGUACCGAGAUGCCGCUGGAGCCGAUGCUGCAGCGCCGUAUUGAGGAGCUGGAGGGCAUGGCGCAUGCCGAGGCAGGGCAGGAGUUCAGCCUGAGCUCGCCGCAGGAGGUCAGCCGCAUCCUAUUCGAGGUGCUCAAGCUGGCGCCGCCGCCCUGCGCCAAGGACCUCAAGAGCGGCGGAUAUUCCACUGGCCAGGAGGUGCUGCUUGAGCUGCACGAGCACCCCAUCGCCCGCCUUAUCUUCGAGCACCGCAAGCUCAGGACGCUGCUCAACAGGCAAGGCGGGCCUGGAUUGCUCCCGUUUGUGCAGGGCUUCAAGAUGCACCUGGCCUAUGCCGAGGCUGUGAGCUACCCCGGCGGGCUGGUGCUGAAGCGCAUCCGAGGCUCCAUCAACCAGACCUGCCGUCUGGCCAUGGAUGAGCCAAACCUGCAGUGCGUGCCCAAGCCGCGGGCCUACAAGGUCCUGCUGACGCCCGGGGAGCUGGGCUCCGCGGCCAGUGGCGCCAGCGCCCAUGCCGACCGCACCGCCAACCUGCGCGCCGCGUUUGUGGCGCCGCCGGGCUGCGUGCUGCUGUCGGCCGACUACCGCCAGAUCGAGUUCCGCCUCAUGGCGCACUUCAGCGGCGACCCGGGCCUGGCCCGCGUCUUCUCGGAGGACGGCGCCGACCCCUUCCGCCUGCUGGCGGCGCAGUGGCUGGGCGCACCGCAGGAGCAGGCGCGCCCGCGGGGCUGGCUGGGGCGGGGCCGUAGGGGGGUCACCCAGCAGCAGCGGGACCAUGCCAAGCAGCUGACGUACGGCCUGCUGUACGGCAUGGGCGCCGCCAAGCUGGCGGACGAGCUCGGCUGCAGCGUGGCGGAGGCCAGGACCGCGCAGGAAAAGUUCCGGGCCAGCAUGCCGGGCAUCGAGGCGUGGCAGGCGCGGGUGGUGGCCGAGUGCCGGCGCCUGGGCUAUGUGGAGACGCUGGCCGGGCGCCGCCGCUACCUGCCCAACAUCAACUGCCGCGACGGCAGGAAGCGGGCGGCGGCGGAGCGGCAGGCCAAGAACACCGUGUGCCAGGGCUCUGCAGCUGACCUGGCCAAGGCCGCCAUGGUUGCCAUCCACACGCGGCUGGCGGCAUGGCUGGCACUUGGGAGUGGCGGCAACUGCGGCUGCGGCGGCGGGCCCGGCGGCGGCCCCGCGGCGCGCCUCGUGCUGCAGAUUCACGACGAGUUUCUGCUAGAGGUGGCGGAGCCCCUGCUGGAGCCUGUGGCCCGCCUGGUGCGCGACUGCAUGGAGGGCCUGGCCUCGGGGGUGCGCCUGCGCGUGCCGCUGCGCGUGCGCCUGGCGGCGGGGCCCUCCUGGGGGGAGCUGCAGCCCGUGGAGCUGGGGCGGUGA